UACUGAGUAAUCAAUCCAGAGUAAUUAUUUGGAAGUAAUACUGCAAUUGUAACUCAGUUUAUGAAAGUAUUUUAUACCUGUGAGUGUUGAAAAGAAGUGAAGGUUCUGAAAGCAAACAUAUUUAAGGCCAUGGAGAUGGACAUUGACAUGAUGAACUCCAGUUCUGACGAAGAAAUCCAAAGAGCGAAACAAGAAUUUAAGCAUAAAAUCGAACAAAUAAAACGGAAAAAGAUUGAAAAAAGAAACAAAGGUCUCCUACAGGCUCGUCAACCUGAAGACACUCCCUGUUCUUCAAAAACGCAGACGGAUCCAGUAAGUUUAGAAGGUACGUCAGACAAACAAGUUGAAGUAGUUGGAAGCAAUCAACAAAUUAAGGAAAGUACUGAAGAAAAUACAAACCUAAAGGAGAAGGUUUAUGAAGAAGUUUGUGAAGAAACAAAUAACCCUUUAUCGAAAAAGACUUUCAAAAAACGAAAAGGCACCACCGAUAAAGGAAAAAAAUACGAAGAUUUGAUCACCGCUAAUGUCGUACUACAAUUGGUAAGCGAUAGUAAAAUAAAAGACUUCCGAAUUUCAUCGAACGACGAAAAUUUUGGUGAUUUUGAUGACGUAGUUAUUGAAAUUGAGACAAACAGGGGAACAAAAACCAAAGCACUGCAAUUAAAACACAGUAAUGAAAAAAAACAAUUAUAUAUAAAGCAACUGGCAGGCAAAAAGGGAGACUUUAGUUUAAUCAAAUAUUUCAAAUCUGCUCAAGAGGUUCAAGACGAAGUGCAAGAAUUUAUAUUAUUCACCACAAAUACAUUUGAAACUUCGGAAGAUACAAAAUUUAGACUAGAAGGAGAAGAGUUUGACCUGAAGCCGAUUAAAAAGACAGUUUCAGAAGACGAUUUCGACAUUUUAAGAAUUUCGGAAAAUAUAAAUUAUUAUCAUACAUUUCAAAUCGUAGAGGACGAAUGGACUAAACAAAAUCCUGAAAAAAUUCAGCAAUACCAAACAUUCUUCGAAAGCUUUCGUCUUUACACAAACCAAGAACGUUUUGAAGCUCUUACAAAAUCAACAAUGCAUAGAUUUAAUGAGAUGUUUUGCUCUAGCGAAGAAACUUUCAAAAAAUACGUCGACGUUAUAUCGGAAUGGAGCAUAAAAGAAGGAGAAAAAGAAAAAUUAAACAAAAGAAUGAUGCAACGUGCAAUCGCACUUCGUUUGCUUUCUUCUCAAAUCGAACCACUUGUUUUUGGCUCAGUCACAGACGAAAUGAAGACACUUCGAGAGGCUAUUUGUUUAUUUGACAUUACGUUGUUGGAAAAAGAAGGCAGCAACGCAAUUAAAAAUCUGUGGGGCGACUUGGACAAAAAGGUCGACCCGAAGGAACUCAACAAAAUUCGAUUACUUUAUUCUCUUUCUUUUGAUUAUAUAAGUAGUGUCGAAAAUCUGGAUGCAAAUUUGCUGACACAAUUGCUAUGGCUGAUGGAGAAAUGUCCGCUGAUUGUAAAAGAACGCGACAAUAUAGAAAAGGCUAUUAAGCUUUGUCCAGAUGCAAAAUUUAUUAUACUUGGUGAGGGAAAAUGUAGAGAAUGGAUGAAGGAAAUUCCCGUGUUUCAAAACCUAUCCGACUUGAAAUCAAAAGGCGAAUUGUAUGACAAAGUAAUGCAAAAUUUCACCAUCUCAUUACAAGGAAAAGAACCACUUAAUUUAGUGACUGCUUUCCAAAAAAAUUACGAAAUCUCAGAACAUGUAACUGUGAACAAACUUUUGGAAAUGUCAGAGGGUUCAUGCUAUAUAGGUGGACAGAAAGAAACUUUUCCCAAUCUUUAUAUCGAGAGAUAUUUGUCCGUCAAUAUUAUAGAUAUUAAAUAUUUACAACAUACAGAUCAAGAUACUGUUAUCAUUCUGAAUUGCGAAGAAAAUUCUGAGCAAUUAAAAAUAACUCAAAAGCAUAUACUAAUAGAUAUAAAAGAUUUUUUCACUUCUAUGGAUUCCAAAAUUUUUGAGACUGCACUUUUUAUACAGAGUAACAUUAAAUAUAGCGAUUCUGAUUUUCAGAAAAUUUGUUCUAAAACACCUACAUCUAAACGUAUACAUUAUUUUAAAUUUCUUAAUAAUAAAAAUUUAGAAUGGGUCCGUAGCAGAGGGGAUAUUAGUGAACUGCGAGAUUAUAAGUUACACCAUCAUUCUAAAACCGAAAAUAAUUCUGAAACCGAGAGCCAAUUUUGGUCUUCCGAAUCCGACAACGAUUAUUUGACUAGUGAUUCUGAAAGUGAGAAAGAACUUUGGUUUUCCGAUUCAUUCAAUAGCACAAAUCUUGUAACAGGUGAUGUAAGUGAACUCCAGAACAAUAAUUUAAGUAAUUAUUCUAAAAAUGAGAAAGAAUUUUGGUCUUUCGGGUUUAGUAAUAACAUAAAUCUAAUAGUAGGCGAUCCGGGAAUGGGCAAAACUGAAUUAACAAAAAGUUUAAAAAACAAUUGUUCUUCUCAAUAUUGGACGGUGAUAAUGAAUCCCCAAGAUAUUAAUCUACUUUUUAAAACUUUACAAAAUCGUGAGACGUCGGAGUACUUAAAGCUGUUCGAAUCAUUCAUUUUGAAUAAAAAAUAUCCAGGUCUUGAACCGUUAGAUCGAGAGUUUCUAAAAACGAGUUUGAAGCAAAAGACUGUAGUUUACGUAUGGGACGCUCUCGACGAAGUUUUAACUAAAAAUUUGGAAGCUACUUCAACGUUAAUUCUUUCAUUAUCUAAAAAAGGUUUCACUCAAUGGGUUACCGCAAGGCAACACUUGAGGUUAUUUCUUGAAAACAAAUUUAGUGUGCUGUCAGUGACUAUUAAUCAGUUCAACCAGAGCGAGCAAGAAGAUUACAUUAGAAGACGACUUGCCAAUUUUUCUACGUCUCUCGACAUGAAAGAAACGAUUGAGAAAAUUAAAUCCACGUUUGCAUUCACAAAACAUAUAGAUAUUUUAGGAAUUCCACUUCAGAUCUUUAUGCUUACAGAAGUAUUUCUACAAAAUAAAGAAAAACAUGAGGAAUUAUUCAACAACAAGUUUCUUUUGACUGAUUUAUACAGUUACUUCAUUGACGGAAAACUUGAGUUCUUCUUCGACGACAAAGUGCCUGCAAACAAUGAUUAUUGGCAAGAAGAAGCCAGGAAGAAAAAGGAAGAAAAACUAAAACACUAUGAAAAGUUGGCGUUUGGAGUAAUAUUUUCUGAAGAAAUUUUGAAGGAAUUAAAGAUCGAUUGUUCACUUAAUGCAGAUGUGAUUUCUGAAGAUUUCGGUACAGUUGGUAUCAUAACUGGAUCACUAACUGGGAUACCACAGUUUGUACAUGCUUCCUUUGCCGAAUAUUUUGUUGCUUUAUAUUUUUCUAAACAUUUUGAAAUGAUACCCGCAGAUACAUUUUUUGAUCAGAAGUAUAACAAUGUACGAUUUUUUUUUGAUAUGAUAAUUGGUAAAAAUUCACCGGCUCACAUCGCGGUCUUGUACAGGAAUUUUAAUGAAUUGAGGAAUCAUGGUGACGAAAUAAUAAAAUGUAAAGAUGAAAGUGGCAGAAGUGCUUUACAUCUCAUUUGUUCUUGGGGACGAAGAUAUCCGCGUUCAAAUGUGAAAGAACAAGACGAUUUUUAUAUAAUCGAUAACAAAUUUAAUAGUGUUCCAGAAGAAACAAAAGAAUAUUAUAACGCAUUGUUAUUUUUGUUAGACGAAUGUGAAAUUUCAAAAGAAGAUGAGCUUCAUUACACGCCCCUAGCAUAUGCAUGGAAAAGCCAUAGUUUGGUAGCGGAACUGGAAUUAUUACAGUCAAAAAAAUUACAAUUUCAAGACGUCUACAGUGAAAGAGACAUAAUUAAUAUUUUAUUUCGUUCUGCUCAACUUGGGUAUGACGAUGCGAUUGAAAAGGUUAUUCCGACAGAUGCUGAUGUUUGUAAAAAAUUAGCAAAUUCUCGUGAUGAAUCCUUUCAAACCCCCCUGUUCAUAGUGUCCAACCCGAAAGACGUAAAAGUCGGAAUUAAUGGUAGUGGUGGUAACGGUCAAGCAUCGCUUAAUGCAAAUGUCAGUUGCGGGCGACAAAAAAUUAUCGAACGUUUAGUUAAAUAUGGAGCCAAACUCAAUGGCGCUGAUGAACUUGGUAAGACACCGCUUUACGCAGCUUCCUCUCAAGGCCACGAAAAAAUUGUCGAAUGCCUGGUGAAAUGCGGUGCAGAAAUUAAUACAGCUAAUGAAUAUAAGAACACACCGCUUCACGCAGCUUCCACUCAAGGUCACGAAAAAAUUGUCGAAUGCCUGGUGAAAUGCGGAGCCGAAAUCAAUUGCGCUGAUUAUUAUGGCGAGACACCGCUUCACGCAGCUUCCUGUCAAGGUCACGAAAAAAUUGUCGAAUGCCUGGUGAAAUGCGGAGCCGAAAUCAAUCGCGCUAAUAGAGAUGGUCGGACACCGCUUUACGCAGCUUCCUCUGAAGGUCACGAAAAAAUUGUCGAAUACCUGGUGAAAUGCGGAGCCGAAAUCAAUUGCGCUGAUAAUUAUGGCGAGACACCGCUUUACGAAGCUUCCUUUGAAGGUCACGAAAAAAUUGUCGAAUACCUGGUGAAAUGCGGAGCCGAAAUCAAUCGCGCUGAUAGAGAUGGUCGGACACCGCUUUACGCAGCUUCCUCUGAAGGUCACGAAAAAAUUGUCGAAUACCUGGUGAAAUGCGGAGCCGAAAUCAAUCGCGUUACUAAAUAUGGUCAGACACCGCUUAACGCAGCUUCCUCUCAAGGUCACGAAAAAACUGUCGAAUGCCUAGUGAAAUGGGGAGCCGAAAUCAAUCGUACUGAUCAUUAUGGUCGGACACCACUUUACAUUUCAUCCGAGCGUGGCCACAUGAGAAUAGUACAAUUUUUACAAGAAAAUGGUGCAACGAAGUAGUUAAAACGACAGUUAUUUAAAAUGCAGCGGACACUGUUUAUUAAAAAUCAGUAAUUUCAGACACAAAAUAAUCUGACUGCACAUUUUGGUGAACUGCAUUGCUAAUAGUUAGCUAUUAAAAAACUAGGAUGUAAAGAGUGCUAUAACCGCUGGAGCCGUCCGUUUGAAAUCCGUCUUCGUGUGCGUGGUGUGUUCAAGAUUUCAGUUUCUGCCCAUUUUAAUCCAAUAAUCUAAAAAUUAAUUAAAAAAUACUUACAUAAAUGUGGUUGAUCACUUUUGCAUGAUAUAUUUCGGUGUCAUAGUAACAUUUUGUUGUUUAUUCAAAAAAAUUUAGUGAACAGAAUUAGAAAAAUGAUUUAUUUAGGCGACAUACUAUUAGGGCCAAAAAAAUGGGAACACGUAACCUGCUCAUGUCGUCGAUUUUAUUUAAUUUUUCUAUUGUAAGUGCCAUUACUCUGUCACGUUGAUGUUAAAUGACGUCAGGAAAGCAAAGGCGUAAAUAAAAAUCGAUGACAUGAGCAAUUCAGGUGUUUCCAUUUUUUUGGUCGUGAUAGUACCUAUUGCCCAAUUGCCUGAAAAUUUUAAAAAUGCACUCAGUCAAGCAUUAAAUAGUUUAAAUAAAGUUACUUACAUUUAUUGGUUUUGACAAGACAUUUCGGUAAGAUAAUAUAUUACCCUACCGAUUUUACAUACAGGAUACAGUUAUGGCUUUCCUACCGGCCAACUUUUAUAAAUGUCAACAGGUAUUUAAUAGACAGAAACCGAUAAAAAGUUUUUAUAAAAUUUCAAUAACGUGGCCACAUGGCAUCAACAUUUGAAAAAUGAGCCAGUCUAGGACCAGUGCAAUUAGAGUAGGAAAAAUAUAUAGCGUGUUUCGCUUAAGGAAACUUAGUUGCGCAUCAAAAACACUACGGUCCGUAGUGUUGAAAAUAAUCUAAGAAACAUAUAAUUUUGGUCUCCAACUUUUUUAAUAGAUGAGAUAUCGAGGAUGGCGCACUCCCGUUCUAAUCCCCUAAUUUCAUUUUGCCAAAGUUUAGCCAACAAUUUAUCGUGUUAACAAGAUCAAAUGCUUUGCUCAAAUUUAUAAAAAGAGAAACGCAGUUUUUGUGUUUGUCAAUAUUUUAGUAAAGUAUGUUCAGGAAUUGAAUAGUUACCGUUGACGGUGAUUUUCCUUGUGGAAAACCGAGUUGAUUUCGUCCAGUUUUCUUUAGAAAUGUUUACAAUGUUUUUGCAGCAAUUUUUUCUAUAAUUUUGGAAAAGCAACUUAAGUUUGAUAUCGGUGUGUAAAUUAGUCAUUUUAGUUGGAUCAUCAUUAAAUGUUGGAAAAAAUUUUUAUAAUUUUUUGACAAUUUAGAAAUUUUACAACCUUAAAAGAAUUGUUUAUUACGAUUGUUAAUAUGUUUUUAUCUGAAGAGCACAAUGUUUUAAAAUGACAGAGUUUAUUUUUGGCCCACAUGCAGUGCUAUUUUUUUAUGUAUCAUAUUAUAAUGAUACUGUUUUGUAGCUUCGAUAAAGUACUGCACAUUUCUUAUUAGAACAUUUACGUUAAGUCGCAUUUGAGUUUUCUCUUUGUUUUUUUUGCCUGCUAUUCAAUUUUUAUUAGAAGAAGAUUCCAUUAAAUAAUUCUUAUAGUUCUUUUUUGCUGCUUCAAUUAAUUUUUUGUGUUCUUUUAUAACAUUUAUGCAGAAUUCUGGACGUGUAGGUACCUUGUUGUACUCAGUUUUUCGCAAUUGUUUAUUAUUCAGGUUCAUUCGAUUUGAAUAGAAAAUGUUAUUUUUUUGUUCAAAUUAAAACAUAUUUGCCACCAUCAACUUUAUUCUCAAUAUUCUUAAAUUCACCGUGCUUUCAAAUAAAACAACACUCCACAGAAUUUUUACAGUAGUUUUAGAUGAAUGAACAGGUUAUUGAAGCAGUAUUUUGAUUUCAAAUAAUUGUAGUCUAUACGACAUAGUCGACUGCUCUAAUACAUUUUCUCGUAAAUUAACUUUCGAAAUAACGUCCUCCAUUUUUUCUUUUUCCAAGUAAAAUAAAAAUGAAAAACCACAAUAUAAAGUAUGGACAAAUGAUUUUGUUUUAAAAAUUUUUCUAUUUGACAACUAUACGUUCUGCCAGAGAACUGCAACAUUUUCGUUUAG